AUGCGUAUUCACAUGAUACGCUUGACAUAUAACUACUGGAGAAAGGGCGGUUACAGUGUGGGACAUGAAGACUACAGAUGGGCGAUCAUUCGGGGCAAGAUCUCGAAGCUUGCGUUUCACAUCUUUAACCUGACCUUCAUUUCGUUCAUGCAAAGCAUUCUUCUCUUCCUGAUUUCAUCUCCUGUUUAUGUGCUUUUGUUGGCCUCUACAAUCGAGCCUGAGGUCAGCACCGCUGACGUCGCAGCCCUUAUCAUCGAGCUCGUCUUGAUUCUCAUCGAAAGCAUCGCAGACCAGCAGCAAUGGAACUACCAGUCAGCAAAGAAGAAAUAUAAGGACUCUGGUGAAGUUCCACGUGGCUUCCGGAAGACCGACUUGGACCGGGGAUUCAUCACCUCUGGACUGUGGGGUUACAGCCGUCACCCCAACUUCGCUGCUGAGCAGACAAUUUGGUUUGUUCUCUAUCAGUGGAGUUGUUGGGCAGCUAGGACGCUGUUCAGUUGGGCCGGUGCAGGAGCAACCUUCCUCAUUAUGCUUUUCCAGGGCUCGACGUGGUUUACGGAGUAUAUCACGUCGGGCAAGUAUCCGGAGUAUUACGAUUACCAACAAGCAGUUGGAAUGUUUGUGCCAAAGAGCAUCUUUUCGUAUGAAAAGCCAGUCCGGAGGCCCAAGAUUAUCCGCACCAGUGAGCUGGCACAAAAGAAAAGCCAAGUCCAGAAGCAGAAACAGAAAUGA